UCUCCUUUGGCUUUGCUGUUCUGCAGCGCUCCCUGUCAGGCUUGGCCAGGAACCAUGAGGCUCUGCGUCUGUGUUGCAUUGCUCUCCACUGUUCUGUGUGUAAGCGCUGACAGACCAGCGAUACUCCAAAGAAUGAUCUCAGCUGGACAAUUUGUCCGGGAUGCAGCGAGAGGGUCAUGGGAUAUGUUCAGAGCAUACCGGGAUAUGCGUGAAGCAAAUUACAAAGGUGCCGACAAGUAUUUCCAUGCCCGGGGGAAUUAUGAUGCUGCCCAGAGAGGACCUGGAGGUGCUUGGGCAGCGAGAGUGAUCAGCGACGCCCGGGAGAACUGGCAAGGCAGCGUGAGCGGCAGAGGCGCCGAGGACACCCGGUUAGACCAGGAGGCGAACGCGUGGGGCCGUAGCGGCAGGGACCCGAACCGCUACCGGCCCAAGGGGCUGCCCAGCAAGUACUAGCGCAGUAUUCCGCUCCUGUCACACCUCCCUUU